AUGAAUACGGUAACGAGCGGCACUAAAACAGUGGGCACUAUACAGGGUGAUGCAUCACAGCAGUUCGUCGUAUUCGCCCUCUUCGUCGCCGCCGCUGUGGCCGGCCCCGUGACCCUCGACGUCAAGCCUGUCCAGCAGCAGGUGUACAGCCAGCAGCUGGUCCGCAACUCCAACGACGAGCACGCCGAGGUCCUCCGCUUCGACAACAACAACAUCGGCAUCGACGGAUACGCAUACAGCUACGAGACCAGCAACGGCAUCCGCGCCGGUGAGCAGGCCGCUCUCAAGAACGUCGGCACCGAAAACGAGGGUAUUGAGGUCAGGGGAGAGUUCUCCUACAUCGGCACCGACGGUCAAACCUACACCGUGACCUACGUCGCCAACGAGCUCGGCUUCCAGCCGUCCGCCCCCCACCUCCCCCACAACUAA